CCCUUGCCUUGUAAGAAAGCUUCUUCUUCGUUGCUCCUCUAUAUAUGCACAUCGGCGAUUGAAGCUAUUGCUUUCAAGCUUCCCGCCGAGAUCAAGGCAAUGCGGGGGAUGCCCAUGCAUUAUUCUACUUCCUCCUCCUCCUCCGGUCUCUGCAACUUCUCCGGUGAUCGGCAUUUGCUUGGCAUGGCGAUGGUCAAGAGCAAGUCCACAAGUCCGGUGAACGUCACUGAGGAGUACUACAAGACCCUCAGAACCAAAUCUUUCCUCGACAUGUGGUCCAAAGUCCACGACCAAAGUCUCCGGCGAGUCUCAUCCGUGCCCAUCAUCUCCGGCGAUGACAAGAAUAAUGAGGAUAGCGGUGGAGAUCAAAAGGGAUUGAUUUGUGGAUCUUCUCCAUUAGCUUCCUAUGGUAGACUUCCUGAUUUCGUCCUCGAUCCGAGUCAAGAGACCGUCCUCGCCCAGAUGACUGCUGAGGAUGACAGAGCCGGCGGCGGCCAGCUCGAGCUCCAAGUGAAGUCGCUUCUCGUCGAAUACUUCGACGUCACACUUAGGGCCUGCUUCGCGUGCGCCAAUCUCUUGGCAGCCAUCAGCAGCGCGAGAUUGCACCACCGGCUUCUCCGCCGUUUCUUGAUCAAGCUUUCCUCCGGCGCCGGCGAUGCUGCGUUCGACCAUGUGGCUUCCCUCGUCGACUUGGAAAACCCCCUCCACCCGCGAAAUCUGGCUCAGUUCUAUUCCGUGCAGUCGGACUACGGGCAGCUGGCCCAGAAGCUGACGCGCGCCCACCGGCGGAUCCUCCGCCGGGCUCGGCUCCACCGCGUAGCCAGGCAGGCAGCCGGUGUUGCGGCCGUCGUUGCGUGUGGCAUCGCCACGGUGAUCGCAGUGGCGAUCGCCGCACACACAGGGGUCUGCAUCGGAGCAGUGGCGGUGGCAACCCCCACAGCGGUGGUGACUGGGCGGCAGCGCCGCAGGGAGGUCAGGAGAGCAGGGGCGUGGUGGUGGCUCAAGAGCCUUGCAGCGCAGGUGGACGCGGCGGCGCGGGGAGCGUACAUUGUCGGGCGGGACCUGGAGACGAUGACCCGUAUGGUGCGGCGGGCGCACGACGAGUUGGAGCACGUCCGUUGGGUGGCCGGGAUGGCGGCGAGGGGAAGGGAGGAGCCGCAGAUGUUGAGGGAGGCGGCGAGGGAGGUGGAGCGAGGGACGGCGGGGAUGGCGGAGCAGUUGAAUGAGCUGGAGGAGCACGUAAACCUGUGCUUAAUCACCAUCAACCGCAGCAGAAAGAUGGUGGCGGAGGAACUGAUGGCGGAGGCAUGUCCGGCGCCGGAUCGGCCGGCGUAACGGCACGAUUGCUUGAUUGAUAUAUAUAUUUACUACACAAUUAUAAAUAUAGAUUAAAUAAUAUAUAUCUACAUGUAUAGAGAUGGCUGAUUAAAUCAUAAUUCUUUCAUAUUUUUUCCCCCGUAAACUCUCUGAGAUGAU